AUGGGGAACGGCUUGUACCUAGCUAAGGGCAUCAAAAUAGCCACUAGGUACAAUAAGGACAUCCAAAGUUUCUACAAAUCUGAGAUCUUUGCUGUUAACUUCAAAGACAAUAUAGUGGCUGAAAAGCAGAUAAAUGAUUUUGUGAAGGCCAACACUAAAGGAAAAAUACGCGAAGUAGUAAGAGGCUUAGAUCCAAACACCAUGAUGGUUCUUGUGAACUAUAUCUACUUCAAAGAUGAGUGGGAAAAUCCAUUCGUUCCUGAAAAUACCAAAAAAGGAGAUUUUUUUGUUUAUGACAAGACAACUGUGAAAGUCAACAUGAUGAAGAAAACUGACUAUUUUAGACAUGUACAUGAUGAAAGUCUUUCCUGCUGGGUCAUUGAACUUUCUUACAAAGGAGGUGCUGUUGCCUGGUUCAUUCUGCCUGACAAAGGCAAACUGGAGAAAGUUGAGGAUGGUUUGAAAGGGGAAACUUUGUCCAAAUGGAGAAAAUCUUUAGAAACAGGAACGCAAUUUUCUUUGUCCAUCCUCAAAUUAUCAAUGGCUACAUCCUACGAUCUCAAAGAUUUGUUGCCUGGGCUGGGCAUUUCCGAAGUCUUUACUCCCAGCGCUGACCUGACUGGAAUUACUGGAGGUGGCAAGGUGAAGAUUGACAAAUUCGAUAGCUCUCCACCCAAAAGCGCCGUGGGAGACCUGAAUCAAAAAGCAAAGCAUUUGCUGCUUCCUGAAGAGUUCUAUUCUUCCUCUCUGCAAUCCCAUUCUCUUGGGGACUAUGUGGUGCUGUCAAACUGUGACUGA